AUGGGGCUGAUGUGGUUGAAUCUGGGGGAGUUUGUCAAGAAACGGGCAGCUGCAUUUUGUACCAGCUGUGUUCAAGGGGGCGUGACCGGCCCCUCCCUGCAGGAUAAAGAACAUGAGCUGUCAAUCAUCCUCAUCUCUUCAGCGUAUAAAUCUUAUCCGUCCUCUAUGAUGUUACCAGAUAAUCCCAUCCUGUUCAGACGACCUGACACGGCGAGGGGAAGGCAAAGCCAGGCUGUUUGCUUCACUGGAAUAUGUUUGGAAAUGGACAGACAGAAGUUUACAUUUACAAUUGACAACAUUCUGAAUAAAUAUCCCAACAAUAACGGGGACAUUUGGUCAUUUGGAACAAGUGUUGUUGGACCCAGAGAAAGGUCUGUGAGUCCUGUUCAAAACCAGAGGGACACUGUCCAUCACACCUGCCUCUGCUGCUGCUGCUGUUCACACUGUGGAGACGUUUUCAAGGCUGAGCUCAUUCAUGAAGCCUGUCAGUACGGAUGGUCCACCGCCGUCCGGUCAGAGUCCUGCAGACUGGGAGACAGAGACCAACAGUCAUCCAGUCACAUCCAGAGACGAACAAGACGUCACCGAACCAUCUUCACUGAGGAGCAGCUGGAUGCUCUGGAGGAACUCUUCAUCCAAAACCAGUAUCCAGACGUCAACACACGGGAAAAACUGGCACAGCGCACACACCUGAGGGAAGAAAGAGUGGAGGUGUGGUUUAAAAACAGAAGAGCAAAGUGGAGGCGUCAGAAAAGGCUGGCAUUUAAUGGGGGAAAUACAGAAAACUAAUUUGAAUAAAUGUGUAAUUAAUUUUUAUUUCUGUAUAUAUGGACAAAAUGACAGAUGUACUGAAUGUGU